AAACAAACACUACACAGCACAGCUCUAAGCGCUCACUCAAAGAGCUGCUUUCUUCACAGGUCGUUGAAGGAAAUUGGAUGUGUAUGUGUUCAGCAUGUGUAUCCGGACGUGUUGCUCUGUGUAGCGAAAUAUCUUACGCAGAAUAACUUUUUGUUUAGUUCGCAAAUAUGCACUGUCGUGCUUGCUAACCUUACCUCUCGUUAGUUGCUCAUGUAACAUUAAAAGGCGCUGUGUCCUUUUCCCGCUGUUUGAAGGACGUGUCAGUUGACACAGCAUGUUUUGCACAGCUGAUCAGCUGAUUUAAAAUGUCUGUACAUUUCAUCUAUGGUUAGUAGUCAGAGCUCUGCCUGUAAGUAAUUUACAUGCGGCCCAGGUGAUACAACAGAAAAGGUGAAUCAUUCUACUGUUAGAAUAAGUCAUGAAGGAGGUUUUUAGGAAGAUACACAGCAUCGUUUUAAAGAUCGCCCUGUUUCCGAGCACAUUUGGCAGGACUGGCCCGCGGCCAACUGCCUCAGAGGUGUUGACCUGCCACCUGCUGCAGCGGAAACUCCCGCCGUGGACUUCAUUCUGUGUCCGCUACAGCUCCGUUCAAAAUGACCAGUUCGGAAUGUCCAACUUUAAUUGGAGAGUCCAGGGAUCCAACUACCAAAUACUCAGAACAGGCUGCUUCCCCUUUAUAAAAUAUCACUGUACCAAAACGCCUCCACACAACCUGGACUUUGAGGACACAUUUUUUACCAUGUUGAAAGUACUUAAUCUGGGCAUCCCUUGUUUGGCCUAUGGCAUUGGUUGCUGGAUGGUGGUAGGAGCUGCAGAAAGAGUGCAGACAAGUGUUGGACCUGUCACAGUCUAUUUCGCUUACAAAGAAGAAGAAGGCGCACAGUAUUAAACCCUGAACAAAAUACUAUUUUAAGUGUGUUUGCAAAAGGCUGGAGCCUAUUUAAUACAGUUCCCCAGGUGAUGUUGUAGUGGACCUAUUGACAAAAAUGCAAUAUUGUAUAACUCCUGCUCCUAUUGUCUGACUACACACAUUAAUUUGUGUUUAAUUAUUUAAGAUUAAAAAGUUGCAGUGAAGGAGUCAGUUAUGCAUGUUAAUUACACUGACACACGACAAUGACAGUGUUUGUUCAGCAAGCUAACUUUCCAUUAAAGUUUUAAUUAAACUUUCCGAAUAGACUGUUCGACCCUAUGCCUUUUCCUGGGUGUUUUCACAGCAAUAUUUGUGAAUGUUUUACCAGCCUCCAGUGCAUGUCUUCAGAGUCAUUACAUUGUAAAAGUAUAUUAUUGCAACAAAUAUUAAAGUGUAUGAAAUG